AUGGUUCAGUUUUCUUUACCAAAGGAUUCUAAAAUUAAUAAAAAGGGUAAAACUUAUCCUGUUCCAGCUGGAGCAAAAAACAUAAGAAGGUUUCAAAUUUACCGCUGGUCUCCUGAUGAUGAAAAAAAUCCAAGAGUGGAUACGUUUUUUAUCGAUAUGGAUAAUUGUGGCCCUAUGAUCCUUGAUGUAUUGAUAAAGAUAAAGGAUGAAAUAGAUUCCAGUUUAACUUUUAGACGUUCUUGCAGGGAAGGUAUAUGUGGAUCUUGUGCGAUGAAUAUUGAUGGAACUAAUACACUAGCAUGUACUAAGUCAGUGAGUGAGAUCAAGGGUGAUGUGAAAAUAUAUCCGUUACCUCAUAUGUAUGUAGUAAAGGAUUUAGUACCAGACUUAAAUAAUUUUUAUAAACAAUAUGAGUCAAUAAAGCCCUGGCUACAAGCUGAUGAUCGUCCAGAAAAUAAGGAAUAUACACAGUCUAUUGAAGAAAGAAGUAAGCUUGAUGGUUUAUCUGAUUGUAUAUUGUGUGCUUGUUGCUCUACUAGCUGUCCAAGUUAUUGGUGGAAUAGUGAUAAAUAUUUAGGCCCAGCGGUAUUGUUACAGGCGUAUAGAUGGAUUGUUGAUAGCCGUGAUAGUAAGACGAGUGAACGCCUUGAUGCAUUAAAUGAUUCGUUUAAAUUAUACCGUUGUCAUACAAUAAUGAAUUGUACAAAAACUUGCCCUAAGGGGCUUAAUCCAGCAAAAGCAAUAGUUGAAAUAAAGCGACUNACUAAUGCUAGAGAGGUAGUUUUUUAUACUCCUCAUAAAUAA